CGAAGGGUCAGUAGUGACGGAAAAGCGAAACCGCGGGACUGAUGCUUCGAUCCAAGAUGGCGGCGCACUUAAAGAAGCGAGUGUAUGAAGAGUUCAGCAAAGUGGUCGUCCAGCAACAGCAGCAUGAAGAGAUUUCUGCAAAGAAGCUCCGGCUGACCAAGCCAAGUAAGUCAGCAGCGCUCCACGUGGAUCUGUGCAAGGCGACUUCACCAGCAGAUGCUCUGCAGUACCUGCUGCAAUUUGCCAGGAAGCCAGUGGAACCAGAAAGUGUGGAAGGAGUGGUCCGAAUCUUGUUGGAGCAUUAUUACAAGGAGAAUGAUCCUUCUGUCAGACUGAAAAUUGCCUCCCUGCUGGGCUUGCUGUCAAAGACUCCAGGGUUUUCUCCCGACUGCAUUCUGGAUGAUGCCAUUAACACACUUCAGAAUGAGAAGUCGCACCAGGUUCUUGCUCAGCUGCUGGAUACCUUACUGAUGAUUGGGAAGAAGCUCCAAGACAGCCUUGCAGUGCGUGUGCGCCUGGUAGAUGUCGCUUGCAAGCAUCUGACUGAUUCCUCCCAUGGUGUAAGAAACAAAUGCCUUUUGCUGAUUGGCUGCCUUGGAACUGUGGAAAAGGGCUCCGUGAAAGAUCCCGAAGGCCAGCCUGCCAAAGAUGUUCAGAAAAUCAUAGGGGAUCACUUUAAUGACCAGGAUCCUCGGGUCAGGACUGCAGCUAUAAAAGCUAUGCUCCAGCUCCAUGAAAGAGGGUUGAAGCUGCAGCAAACCAUUUAUAAUCAGGCAUGUAAGCUCUUAACAGAUGACUACGAACAGGUCCGCAGUGUUGCCGUUCAUCUCACCUGGGUUCUCAGUCAGCUUUAUCCAGAAAGUAUUGUCCCAAUCCCUUCCUCCAAUGAAGAAAUCCGUCUAGUUGACGAUGCAUUUGGCAAAAUUUGUCACAUGGUCAGCGAUGGCUCAUGGGUGGUGAGAGUCCAAGCUGCUAAAUUGCUGGGAUCUAUGCUGCAAGUUAGUUCUCAGUUUUUAGAACAAACCCUGGACAAGAAGCUGAUGUCGGACUUGAGGCGAAAACGCACGGCUCACGAACGUGCAAAAGAGCUCUACAGCUCUGGGGAGUUCUCAAGCGGCAGGAAGUGGGGAGACGACGCCCCCAAAGAAGAAGUGGACACUGGAGCUGUGAACCUGAUGGAAUCUGGUGCUUGUGGGGCCUUCGUUCAUGGCCUGGAAGAUGAAAUGUAUGAGGUUCGCAUUGCUGCCGUUGAGGCCCUCUGCAUGUUGGCCCAAUCCUCCCCCUCCUUCGCCGCAAAGUGCCUCGAUUUUCUGGUCGACAUGUUCAAUGACGAGAUUGAAGAAGUGAGGCUGCAGUCGAUUCACACCAUGAGGAAGAUUUCCAAUAACAUCACCCUGCGGGAGGACCAAUUGGACACGGUGCUCGGGGUUUUAGAGGAUUCUUCCAGAGACAUACGGGAAGCUCUCCAUGAGCUUCUAUGCUGCACCAAUGUCUCAACAAAAGAAGGCAUCCAUCUUGCUCUGGUUGAGCUGCUGAAGAACCUGACCAAGUAUCCGACUGACAGGGAUUCCAUCUGGAAGUGCUUAAAGUUCCUAGGAGGCAGGCACCCAACCCUUGUGCUUCCACUUGUUCCUGAAUUGCUGGGCACCCACCCUUUCUUUGAUACCCCAGAACCUGACAUGGAUGACCCAGCUUACAUUGCAGUCUUGGUUUUCAUUUUCAACGCUGCCAAGUCGUGUCCAACGAUGCCUGCCCUGUUCUCGGACCACACCUUUCGGCACUACACUUACCUUCGGGACAGUCUCUCUCACCUCGUCCCUCCUUUAAGAUUGCCUGGGAAAAAGCUGGCAUCUUCGCCUGUGUCUGCCAGCCUUGCCCUCCAGGAAGACCCCUCCCAGGAAUUUCUGAAGCAGAGCUUGGAAAGAGUGUUCAAUCUUCAGCAUCUAGACCCACAGGGCAUUCAGGAGCUGCUUGAGUUCACCAUCCGAGACCUCCAGAGAUUUGGAGAGCUCCAGUCUGACUUGGCCGGGAUGGCUGACUUCUGCGCCGCUUACCUUCGCUGCCAACUGCUUCUCAUUAAGGCUCUUCAGGAGAAGCUGUGGAAUGUAGCUGCACCCCUGUAUUUGAAACAGAACGCCCUGGCAUCAACAGCAGCAAAGCAGAUCAUGGAAGAAACGUAUAGGAUGGAGUUUAUGUAUAGCGGCGUGGAACACCGGCAGGUUGUCAUCAUCCACCACAUGAGGCUGCAGGCGAAGGCGUUGCAGCUGAUUGUAACCGUACGGACGACAAGAGGAGCAGAACCUCUCUUUGGAAUAUGUGAGAAGUUUUUGCAGGAAGUGGACUCCUUUCAAAGGUGCUUCAUUGCUGAGCUUCCUCACAUGCAAGACAGUUUUGUCGAUAAACUCCUGGACUUGAUGCCCAGACUGGUUACCUCCAAACCUUCAGAAGUUGUCAAGAUCCUACAAGCGACGUUGCGACAGAGUAGCUUCCUUCGCCUUCCGCUCCCAGAGAAAAUCCACAGGGCAAGCGCCACCAUUAUUGAGCCAGCAGGUGAAUCCGACAACCCUCUGCGCUUCACAUCAGGUUUAGUCGUGGCCUUGGACGUCGAUGCAACUCUAGAACAUGUGCAGGAUCCGCAGGGCACAGUGAAAGUUCAGGUAGUCUAUCCAGACGGUCAGGCGCAGCUGAUCCAUCCCAAGCCGGCAGACUUUAGGAACCCCGGACCCGGAAGGCACCGGUUAAUUUCUCAGGUUUACCUGUCACAUACUGCCUGGACAGAGCCUUGUCAGAUCGAAGUGCGGUUGUUGCUGGCGUACAGUUCAGACAAAAACAGGACGCCCACGAGGCUCCCUCGUGCCAUUUGGGGAGACAGCAUGGAGUUCCUCCCUCAGCCCGAGAACGCCAUCGAAGGAAUCAUUCCUUUCAGCAAGCCUGUCAAAGUCUAUAUCAUGCCGAAACCUGCCAGACGGUGACACCUUUUUGUGUGUGUGUGAACUCUAUCUUGAACUGCUGCGAGUGUUCUUGGAAGCCGUUUGAGACACUUGAGAACCAGGGCAGGACAUUCAUGCCAUACUUCCCUGGGACGUACUCUGUUUCCAGCCUUCAGAAUGGAGCUGUUUUCUCUAAGGGAAUUGAGGCGUAUCAGAAGACGAUGGAGGGACAAACUUUGCAGUUUCUUUCAAUUCUAUGAUUCAAGAAGCAACCCAACCGAACACUGCCGUCCCUUGAAUAAGGAGUGUUUUAAGAAUAGUGCUGAUGCUGGCAAUCUUGUUUUAUAUCUGAAACAUACAUUAAACAUGCCUUCUGUAGAUGAAUUGCCUA